AUGAGGUUCUCAGACGUCCUGGCUGUCCACUCCAUCCCAGAAUGGAAGAAGAAGUACAUCAGCUACGGGAUGCUGAAGUCUCUUCUGAACGCAGAGGAGAGCCCAGGAUCCCGUGAUGAGGAUUGGCAGUAUCUCAAAGCUGCACACAAGGAGUUCUUCCGAUGCUGUGAGAAUGAGCUGACUCUGGUGACUGGCUUCUACUUAGAGAAGCUAAUGGAGGCUAAAAGGAAGAUGGCUGCCUUUGGAUCUGUCCCCCCGCAAACCCAAACCCAACCCCAGACCCAAACCCAGGACCAGGACCGGGGCCGGGGCCGGUGUCUGAGCCCCCACGGAGAUCCCAUAUCUGACCUGCUGAGGGUCUGUAAAGGCAACCCUGAUCUCCAGCAGCUCAAACUGGCCACGAGUGAACUCCACCUCAGCCUGGCGUACCUGCAGAGAUACCAGGUGAGUGAACUCCACCUCAGCCUGGCGUACCUGCAGAGAUACCAGGUGAGUGAACUGCACCUCAGCCUGGCGUACCUGCACAGCUACCAGGUGAGUGAACUGCACCUCAGCCUGGCGUACCUGCACAGCUACCAGCAGCUGAACUACAGCGGUUUCUGUAAGAUCAUGAAGAAGUACGAUGCUAAGUUUGUGUCAGAGCGAGGUCAGAGAUGGAAGCGUGAGAGGCUGGACGCGUCGCUGCUCAACACCGACAGCAAUGAACGCCAGCAGCUCAUGGACAAGUUAGAGGAGUGGGAGCAGGUGCGGCCGCUGCUUCGGGUCCACAGAGGCGUGUUCCUGCUGGUGGAGUUCCUGCUGCUGCUGGGGUGCAGCGUGUUCCUGUGGAGCAGGUCGGGGGUCAAUCACGUCCUCAUCUUCCAGCUGGACCCCAGAGAUCCUCUCUCUCAUCAGCACCUCUUUCAGGUGAGACAAGGCUCGGGGUCGGGGGUCGGGGUCGGGGGUCGGGGGUCAAUCACGUCCUCAUCUUCCAGCUGGACCCCAGAGAUCCCCUCUCUCAUCAGCACCUCUUUCAGUGUGUUGGCGUGUCUUUGCCCCCCCCUCGUGACGCUGCCCCGCCUGCUGCCCCCCCUCCUGCUCCACGGCCUCCUGCUGCUCCUGCUGAUCAACCCCACCCCAACCUGCCACCCCCACGCCCGGCGCUGGCUACGGGCCCUACUGCUCCGAGUGGUCACUGCUCCUCUGCGGCCCGUGGCGUUUGCAGACUGCUGGCUGGCGGACCAGCUCAACAGCCUGAGCCCACUGUUCCUGGACCUGUGGCAGCUGCUCUGUUCCUAUGGCAACGAGGGCGCUGGGCAGGACGCUGGGCGGGACGCUGAGCAGGCAGGCAGUGUGCUGUCCUCGCUGGCUGUGACGUGCCUUCUCCAGUGUCUCCCCCCCGGGCUGCGUGUGGCUCAGUGCCUGAGGCAGUUCUGGGACAGCGGAGACGCCGUCCACCUGCUCAACGCCGGCAAAUACUUCACCGUCUUCCUCAUGGUCAUGUUUGCCGGACUCUACAACCAAGCCAGAGUGUCCACCUGCUUGAGUGUGCUGGUGUGUGUGGGCUGGGACCUGAGCAUGGACUGGACUCUACUGCAGGGUCAUGGACUCCUGAGGAAAGAGCUGCUCUACACACACGAGAUGAGAGACUCUGUGACUGCAGCCACCAUCAGCACCAUCCUAGGCCCUCUGGAAGUGCUCAGACGAUGUGUGUGGAACAUGUUCCGCCUGGAGAGCGAGCAGCUGAGGAACUGUGAUCUGACACGCGCCGUCAGAAACGUGGACUUCCCAGAAUCCUCUGCGUGUCUGCCCGAGCACGUCCUGCGUGAGUGGAGACUGGACCAGGAGGAGCUGGACCAGCACCAGCACCAGCACCAGCAGCACCAGCACCAGCAGAAGCACCAGCAGCACUGCAGGACCACCACAGAGAACUCCUGCAUGCAUCUCAUACACACCUGUCUGACCAGGUGA